AUGGCGGCAGUUGGUUGGUUGAGUGGCCGCUGUAGGCUUUUCCUGUCUACUGGUCGGGGGUUAGGUCCGUGUGGAUGGGCCUCCAGUUGCAGGUUCUAUUCUGGAAGUGCAGCCCUCCCAGAGGUUGAAGGAGCUGAUGUCAGAAGUAUUGAAGAAGAAGUAGUCAUUCCAAGAAAGAAAACUUGGAAUAACGUGGCAGUUCUUCAGGCACUUGAAUCCACAGUAAAUAGGGACCCCACAGCUGUACCUUAUGCAUUUCAAGAUGAUCCUUACCUUAUACCAACAUCUACCAGCGAAUCUCGUUCAUUUUUAUUGGCAAAGAAAUCUGGAGAGAAUGCAGCAAAGUUCAUUAUUAAUUCACAUCCCAAAUAUUUUCAGAAGGACAUAGCUGAACCUCAUAUACCGUGUUUAAUGCCUGAGUACUUUGAACCUCAGAUAGAAGGCAUAAGUGAAGCUGCCCUGAAAGAAAGAAUUAAGCUCAAAAAAGUUAAAGCUUCAGUAGAUAUGUUUGAUCAACUCUUGCAAGCAGGAACAACUGUAUCACUGGAGACAACUAACAGUCUCUUGGAUUUAUUGUGUUACUAUGGUGACCAAGAGCCCCCAGCUGAUUAUCAUUUUCAACAAACUGAAAAAUCAGAAGAAUUGGAAGAGACCACAGAGGAAAAUGAGAAAUCUAGAAGGAAAAAUGGCCAUCCAUUUGGAGUUGCUUGGAGAGAGAAAAACAAUGCUGAGAGGAUCUUUGCCCUAAUGCCAGAGAAAGAUGCACAUUCCUACUGCACAAUGAUCCGGGGAAUGGUGAAGCACCGAGCUAAUGAACAGGCAUUAAAGUUGUAUACCGAGUUGUUGAACAACAGACUCCAUGCUGACGUGUACACCUUUAAUGCUUUGAUUGAAGCAACGGCAUUGACAGUGAAUGAGAAAUUUGAUGCAAAAUGGAAUCAUAUGCAGGAGCUGAUGAAACAAAUGGUUGCGCAGAAGGUGAAACCAAAUCUACUGACUUUUAAUACCACUCUGAAAUGUCUCCGAAGAUUUCAUGCUUUUGGAAGAACGCCAGCCUUACAGACCUUACGUGAAAUGAAAGCUGUUGGAAUAGAACCCUCACUAGCGACUUAUCACUAUCUUAUUCAGCUGUUUUAUCAAUCUGAAAGUUCUUCAAAAGUAUCAUCCCUCAUAAUCUAUGAUAUCAUGAAUGAAUUAAUGGGGAAGACAUUUUCCUCAAAGGACCUGGAUGACGAUAUGUUUUUUCAGUCAGCCAUGAGAGUUUGCUCAGCCCUCAGAGAUCUAGAGCUUGCUUAUCAAGUCCAUGGCCUUUUAAACACUGGAGACAAUCGGAAAUUCAUUGGACCUGAUCAUCGGCGAAAUUUCUAUUAUUCCAAGUUCUUCAGUUUGCUAUGUCUGAUGGAACAAAUUGAUAUAACCUUGAAGUGGUAUAAGGAUCUGAUACCUUCAGUCUUUUUUCCUCAUUCCCAAACACUGAUAGAUCUUCUCCAAGCACUGGAUGUGGCCAAUCGGCUAGAAAUGAUUCCUCAGAUUUGGAAAGAUAGUAAAGAAUAUGGUCACACUUUUCGAAGUGAUCUGAGGGAAGAGAUCCUGACUCUUAUGGCAAGGGACAAGCACCCACCAGAGCUCCAGGUGGCGUUCGCUGACUGUGCUUUAGAUAUCAGAUCUACAUACGAAAGCCAAGAUGCCAGACAGCCUGCCUCCAGUUGGCCAGCCAUACCUCUCAACUGUAUAGCUGUCCUCUUAUUAAGGGCUGGGAGAACCCAGGAAGCCUGGACAAUGUUGGGGCUUUUCAGGAAGCAUAAUAGGAUCCCCAGAAAUGAGUUGCUGAAUGAAUUCAUGGAUAGUGCAAAAGUAUCCAACAACCCUGCCCAGGCCAUUGAGGUCGUGAAGUUGGCAAAUGCCUUCAGCUUACCUGCUCGUGAGGGUCUCACCCAGACACUGAUGGCUGACUUUCUAAUCACUCAGGAACAGAAGGAAGCACUGGGAAAACUAACUGCUGUGACGAGUGACACUGACAGCAGCAGCGACAGUGACAGCAGUGAAGACGAGUGA